CCCAUCCCUGCCGGCGGCAUGACGUCAGCGGGCGUGUCCAACAGAGGGCACAGGGGGACUCUGCAAUGGGAGACAGUUUUUGUGAGCAGCUCACAGAGGACAGCACCUUCCUCAAACAUGACCCGAGACUGGACACAGAAGUCGUGGAUAAACUCAUCCUGCAGCUCAACAGAAUCUACCCGCAGAUCCUCACUGACAAGGAGGCAACCAAAUUCCGAAACUUGGAUGUACCCACAAGUGUUCGACUGGGUGAGCUCUUGACACACCUACAAGGGAAAGGAGAGGAAGCAUGCAGGGAAUUUUACAGGGCGCUUCACUUGCAUGUUGAGGAGGUCUACUACAGUUUGCCUACAAGGCUUCACCUCAGAGAUUCCUUGGAUCCGCUCAAACUUCCACAGGUCAUCAAACAGAGACAUGCUUUGAAUGACAGAGGUCCCCUCUUCUUUAUGGGCUGUUUCACUUUUGUAGUGGGAAUGGCUUUCUUCUAUUACUACAGUGAAGCUAAAGUGACUGGAGGAAGCCAGGCACUUGGGAUGGCUGCUCUUGGACUGAAAAGAAAAGCUCAAGAAGUUCUUAUAUGGUACACUGAGGAAAGCCUCAUAAAGUAAAGGGAGUCUUCUUCAGUU